AUGAAUCCCCUCAGUACGGAAAACACAUCGGCCCAUCGCAGGUCGUCAUCAAGCUCCAGCCUGCCGGCUCCGCUGCAGAACCUCGUUGACAAGGCCGAGAAGGAAAGAGACCUGUACGAAGAUCCAUGGAGUCGAGCUCCAGGUCCACAGACUUCGGAACAAGUCCAACCACAACAACCAAAGCAGUCCAGCAAGGUCGAGCAAGACAACAACAAGAAAUCAUUUCUCAGGAAGCCUCGUCUGCCAGGUUCACUGCAACGUCUUGUUGACAGGGCCGAGGUGGACAGAGAGGUGUAUGAAGACCCUUGGUCGCGAAUGUAA